AUGGAUUAUAAGUCAGUGGAUGAGUACGAUUCAGUCUUAUUUAAGACGGUCUCGAUGCUGAGACUUUGUGGUGAAGUUGUAACCGAAGAAGAGUUACUUGAGAAAACAUUCUCUACAUUCCAUUCAUCAAACAUAAUACUGCAACAGCAGUACCGAAUGAAAGGCUUCGCCACAUACACUGAUCUGAUCUCGUGCCUGCUACUGGGCGAGGCAAACAAUGAGUUCCUGAUGAAGAACAGUGAAGCUAGACCUGUUGGAACAGCAACAUUACCAGAGGCCAAUGAGGUUAAAAAAAAAGGUCCCAACGAGUGCAAUUACAUCCAGAAUGAUAAGAGAUCACAAGGAAAAGGCCGAGGUGGAUACAGGAACUGUGGUCGUGACAAUUACUCGAACAGCCGAGACAACUACUUGGCAGGUCGGAAAGGAAACCACAAUAACCGUGGUCGUGGUUCCAAUCCUGACCGAGGCCGAGGCAGUUAUGGCCGAGGUCGAGGCGGUAUAUCCAAACCGUCUUACUCGACCAAAUCCAUUUGUCACAGAUGUGGGAGAGGCAACCAUUGGGCCAAGAAUUGUAGAACCCCUAAGCACUUGUGUGAGCUCUACCAAGAAAGUCUUAAGAACAAGAACCCGGAUGCUCGCAUGGUUCACGAUUCCGGAUAUGAGACUGAUGAUGAUUCCGACAUUGCUAAAGAUGACCUAAUGGAUUUUGAGACUUCUGAUUCAUGUGCACAAGAGAAACUCAUAACUAGACCAUCACCAGCCAAAGUUAAUAAAGAGAUCAUAAAUUUUCUGGAAAUGAUUCAGGGAAACAUAUGUGGACCAAUACACCCACCUAGUGGGACGUUCAGAUACUUUAUGGUUCUGAUUGUUGCAUCGACCAGAUGGUCACACGUUUGUCUACUAUCCACAUGA